AUGGAAGACCCCUGGGCGGUAUGGGGCAAGCCCGUCUCAGCAGACAAGAUGCGCAUGCCGAGCAGCACGCCGUCCCCCGAGCCCGCCGACUUGGAUCCCUGGGCCAAGCCAACGACCUUGGCAUCCAAACCCCGCCCGCCAUCUCCGACGCGCUUCUCGCCCAAGAGCCCCAGCAAGCUCAGCCAAGUCACGCUCCCCUCUCCCCCGCUGAACACUGGGCUCGGCGCUCCAAGCCGCGUCCCCAAGCUCGACGGGUGGGAUGACGUGGGGUGGGGCACGCCCAAAGCUGAGCCCGAGCCGAAACCCACUGCGCUGCCGGGGCGCCUCCGAUCUCCGAGCCUCGAUCUCGACGCGGGGUGGGGUGCGGAGCCCUCCAAGCCCGAUAUCAAGACAGAGGCAGAGCCGGAUCGCAGGCCCUCCCCGUCUCCGGCAUCGUCGCCGCGCAAGUCGGUUGAGUCGCGCGUCCUGAGCGACCUUCCGCGCCUGAGCAAUGACAUCUCGCGUCUAAGCGGCGACCUUCCUCGCCUAUCUCUUGAAGCAGACGCGUUCUCCCGGCCGGGCAGCGCUGCUCCUCCUCUUCCAGACUCGCGACCUGGAAGCGCAAGUCUACCUGUCGAUCUCGACGCACGUCUCUCGCACGACAGCUCUCGGGCAUCACUUGAAAUCUCACCCCCAUCACCUCCCGCCCCCAUCCCCAUCCACAGCAUCGGAUUCGACACAACGGACCUUGGUGCCGGCUUCGCGACCCCCUUCAGACCCUCGUCCCCAAAAGAGGGCCCCGGGCUUAACGUGCCCUCUGAGCUAAAGCGCAGCGUAUCCAUAGGGUCGGACUUUGGCGGCUUUGCUGAUGUCGGCGGCGACGAUGCUUGGGGCGAUACGAGCUGGAAGGAGGAGGACGCGGGAUGGAAGGAAGACGCACAUGGCGGCGGGUGGGACGAUGUGCCCCGCCGCGAUUCCCCUGUCAAGCAGAGCCAGCAAGAGCUCGACUGGGAGGCGGCACAGCGGCGACUCGCGGCGGCCGACGCGCGCGCACCGCACGAGCGCGUAAUGCGUCUGCGACGGGAGUGGGAGGCUGUUGCGGAAGACAUUAUCGGGGAGCACAAGCUCCAUACGACCGAAGCUGAGGAGACAGCCCUGGAUGACGGCGCGCGCGUCCUCCAAGAAAGCGUGCGGGAGACGUUGCGCGCCCUCACUGAGGUGCCCGACACGAGCUUUGCGUUUGGCCACUCGGCUACACGAGAGAGGUACGCACAGGCGCUGAGUCGCGCCCCGCCGAACUCCAUGACGCUGCUGCGCGCUCCUCGCCCUCGUCGUGCCGAGGGCGGCGGCCUCGACUUUGGGCCGGGACUAGAGGGAUGGGCAGCGCGCUCGCGUCUCGGCGAGCCGGAGGCCAUGGCUUCCGCGUCCCAGCCCGAGCCAGAACAGGCGAAGGGUUGGGGCUUCUGGAGGCGGCAAGCGACGCCGAAGCCGCUCGUGACUUCCGGCGGCGCCGUGCUCGAGGUCAAGACGGACCUCGACUCGGCAGGUAUUGGUAGCGCGCCGGCGAGCGCGCUCUCCAAGCCGCCGAGUAUCUCUUCGCGCCCCGGCACGCCAUCAGACACCCGCCCGAGCAUGUCCGCCCGCGCUUCCAUUUCCUCGGUCCCCUCGAUGGCGCGACAAGGGUCCAUCUCUGCCCCCUCCCCGCUGUCCGCAAACGUCACUGGCCCACCCACGUACCCCGUCGAGACCCCCGCUUUUGUCCCCGAGAAAAAACCGGAGCCGUCACGCAUGUCCCGUCUCUUCCGGUGGGGCAAGAAGGAAGAGAAGAAGGAGGGCGAGGACAAGGAGCUCGAGCUCGGCGAGAGCGAUUUUGCGUUCCUCGACCAGGUGCCGUCUGCCAGCGGUCCUGACCUGAUUGGUGGUGGGAUGUCGAGCAUCGACGAGGUGUUGUCGAUGAAGAAGGAGGUACCGCUCCCUGCGCCAUUGGCGCCUCCGCCUCGCUCAGGUCCGAGCUCGGCGCGGCCGAGCAUGGGCGCCCAGCCGGCGCCGCCGAAGAAUGACGCAUUUGACCUGUUCGCCAGCCUUGACUUUGACGAUGCCACCCCGGCAGCUUCAACCGCGACAGACUCCACUCCCGCGCCGUCAAGCUCCUUCGGAUGGGAUGACCUCCUCGCCCCUUCCACUUCCUCCACUUCCGCCCCGCCCGUUCCCAAGCUCUCCGCCCCUCCUCGAAUGUCGACUCCUCCGGUUGGUCUUGGUGGACUCCUGCCGCAGCGCAGCCCUACCCCGCCUGUCAUGGGUACGGGGUUGCAGCCCACGCGCAGCGCCACCCCGCCCCUCCGGUCGCAGAUCAGCCCUCCCACCCCCGAGCGGCCGCGAUAUGGUCCCUCUGGACCCGCGCUCGGCGCCCACUCCCGGCACCGCUCAACCGCAAGCGCUGCGAGUGGUAGUGGGCUGGGGGGCAUCUCGCGCAAGCCCAUGUCUCCACCACCACGCAAACCCACCUCGCCCCCGCCCCCUCCGAAAGAUUACGGUUUUGGCGACCUCAGCUUCGGGUUCGGCGCCACGCCUUCCGCAGCCGCUCCUCCCAGUGCAUCCAACGACCUGUUUGGCGUCAUGGCCGCUUCCCCACCCACCUCCGCCCGCAGUCCUCCAAUGAUGGGCGUGGCAACGCUCUCCCCGUCCCUACCACCCACUAGGGCCGGCAUCGGCAUGGGCGGCAUGGCCACACUGGCCCCGUCCCCUCCGCCCUCAGCCCGCUCCCCCUUUGCCCUGGCCCCAUCCCCCGCUCGAACCCUCACCCCACCUCUCCCCACUUCCGACCCCACAGCGCCAAGCGGUCCAGCGCCAGCUUCUGCUCAUGACGACGACUUUGGUGACUUUGGCGACUUUGACGCGCCAGCGGCCUCCGCCACCGCCGGCCCCGCAGCGGAUGACGACUUUGGCGACUUCGGUGACUUCGGGGAUGCGGCCACGAGCGGCUUCAACACGGGCACGUCGACGGGCUUCGAUACGGAUUCCACGGGCUUUGGCUCUUUCAACGGGCCGGCGUAUAGCUCGUUUGGCGCUUCCGGCCCUCCGAAACCUGCUCAGCCCUCCCAACCCUCGCAGCUGGCCGCCGACCCCUUUGACUUCUCUGCCUUCGAGUCUACCCUUACGCCCUCCAGGCCCCCGCCGCCUAUCGCAAAGUCGAUCCCGCCUACGCCGAUCGAGAAAAGCCCCAAGCAGGGUGCGGGGGACGCCCCCGCCUCGUUCGUCGGCGCAUCUCUGUCCCGGAACUCGAGCCUGAGCCGCACCGUGUCCCAAUCACCACCCGUCUUCGCGCGCCCCGCGGGCCUCCCCACUGGCCUGACGAAGAGCCGCCAGAGUUCGUUCACGGACGCGACGGGCCGAGUGCGACCUCUCCCCCCUGCCGGCGUGCCGACGCCCGCGGCCUCGCGCCGCACGCCCAGCGUUGACCACCGCGCCACGUUCACACUUUUGGCCGCCGCGCAGGCAAGGGACGCCACGGCUGACUCCGGGCCGCUGUCACCUGUUCCAGAGCCCCUGUCCCCGCCACCUACUGGUCCGUCGCAGAGCUUUGCGUCGCUCCUACCGCCGCCGCCGGGAGGUGUGAGGCGGCCCUCACCCCGUGGUGGCGCCGGCGGCGGCCUCAUCGAUCUCUUGGACGACUAG